AUGCAUACUCAAGAUAUGGAGAAACCUCAUACCAAUGGCGUGGGAGAAGCCCCGCCUACUGCCAAUCAGCCCCUGAAUGGAGACACAAACGGCAUCUCCAUCAAUGGUGACUCUCAGCCAAAACGAACCAGAACACAUGAAGAACGACUUGAAGAUUCAUCAAAGAGAGGCAUAGACCUUCAGGUGAUGCGCUACCCAGAGACCGGCAUCACUGUUCUCAUCGCCGGUGCUGGUCUGGGAGGCAUAACCUGCGCUCUCGAAUGCUGGCGCAAAGGCCACACAGUCCGCGUCCUAGACCGCAGCCCAACACCAGUCUGGACAGGCGACAAUGUCCAGAUCCAGCCCAGCGCAAUCCUUCUACUUCGACACUGGCCUGAUAUGGGCUAUGAGAUUGAAGAGUGCCAGUACGAUGUUGCCAUGUCAUACUACAAACAAACUGGCGAGAGAAUCUGGGGUCCUGCGCCACCCAUGUUCAACGACCCUGAGAAUCUCAAGGGAAGACGUGGCUUCCCUUCUGUCAAUGCGCAUAGCCGUAUCAAACUCUACCGCGCGUUCUUGCGUCAAGCGGAACGUGUGGGAAUUCAGGUCGAAUGGGGAUGCAAGGUUGUCGAGUACUGGGAGGAUCUUGGGCAAGGCGCUGGAGGUGUCACUCUUGAGAAUGGGGUGAAACGCACGGCUGAUAUCGUUGUUGCUGCUGAUGGCUUGCGCACCAAGUCCAACACCAUCGUCCCUAUGCCUGAGACAUUGACGACAAGUGGCAAGGCGAUUUAUCGGGCGGGAUAUCCAGUUGAGCAUGCGCUGAAGGAUCCUUUGGUCAAAGAGAUGUGGAACUUUGAUCCCAAGGGACAGCCAAUUUGGCAAUUUUGGCUUGGCAAUGGAUCACACAACAUGAUUGCCCUCACUCAUGAUAUCGCCUUCUGGAGCUUCAUCCACUCUCACGAUGAAUCCGCCAACGAAUCCUGGGUUCCAGACGUUGACCCAGCAGAAGUCAUAGCUGCCAUGGAAAAGAACAACGCUGUACACCCAGCUGUAGCAGCCUUUAUUAAGACUGCUCCCAAAGGGUCUGUGGUAAACUGGCAGCUCAAGUUCAGAGACCCCCACGAGCAGUGGACAUCUCCCGGAGGCCGCGUUGUCCAACUCGGCGACGCAGCGCACGCAUUCCUCCCAACAUCAGGUAACGGCGCCACUCAGGCAAUUGAAGACGGAGUAACUCUCGCAACAUGUCUUCAACUCGCAGGCAAAUCGCAAGCCGCCAAUGCGACAAAGGCUUAUAACAAGCUACGCUUCCAGCGUGUGUCGUGCGGGCAGAAAAUGGGUUUUGUGAACCAGCAGCUCAAGCAGCACACGGAUUGGGAGGCUAUUGCCAAGAACCCUGCGUUGAUCCGAUCGCGAUAUCCAAAGUGGAUUUGGAGCCAUGAUCCUGAGGCGUAUGCGUAUGAGAAGUUCUGCGAGGCUUUACAUCAUGUUGUGAGUGAUGGAAAGAUUCCGUUGCAUAACACGAACUUUCCCAAGGGUCAUCGGUAUAGGCAUUGGACGAUGAAGGAGGUGCAGGAGCAGAUCAAGGCUGGUGAGAAGUUGGAGGAUUUGCAAGAUGGGGACUGGGCUUAG